CCCACGCAGACUGGGUUUCGGGCUAACCUAAGUACCCACGACAGCCUGCUUAUGAUCUACAACGAUGUUAUCGAUCGGCCGCGAAGCGAUGGAAGUCUGAGAGUAAUCGUAUCAAUUGACAUCAAGAAAGCGUUUGACAGCGUCCCCCACGAAUCUGUCGUCAGCAAGAUGGAAGAGCAGGGGCUCACUGGCAAACAAUUGGAUUUUGUGAAGUCUUUCCUUGCGAACCGCAAGUACAGAAUAAAGGCAGGUUACGGAAAGGAAGCGCGAGAAGGCCCGACUAUCGAAAACAACAUCGGCGUGCCGCAAGGAGCAGUUCUCUUGCCAACGCUAUUUAACAUAGUUAUGGCACCACUGCUCUGGCGGCUCUACAAGAUCGAGAAACUGAAAGCGACGGCGUAUGCAGACGACGUCACUAUAUGGACGCAUGAAGGUACGCCAGAGCAACAGGAGGCAGCACUGCAAGAAGGACUAAAUACCAUCGGCGACUUUUUGAAAGAAGUAGGGAUGAGACCAUCCCCAGAAAAGACUAAAUACACCGUGUUCGGGGCCGGUAACGUCCAAAGAAACCUGCAGCUCACCUUCGCCGGGGACCCAAUCGUUCGAGAAGAGAGCAUCAAGCUUUUAGGGGUCACCUUCGGAAACUCACCCAGCAUCACUGACAAGUGGAUGGCCGAGAUGAGAAAGAAGUGGAAGCAAGGCCUCAACCUGGUCAGAAGAAUCUCCCAUCGACUUGGAGGAGCCGGAGAAGCAACGGCAAGGAAGUUAGUAAUGGCCACACUGGUCUCGAAAAUCACAUAUGCGGCGCGAUUUUAUUCAUUACGGUCGUGUCACAAGAACCACUUCCGAACUAUGCUCAAUGACGCACGAAGAGCCAUCUUGGGGCUACCAAGAAGUACAAAAACGGAGAGGAUGAGGCAACUCAUCCUUUUGCCAGAAAUUGAGGACCUACUGGUGCAGCAGACAGUGACGCACACGGCGCGUGUGCAUCACACAGAGGAAGGCCGAGCAGUGGCAAGCUACAUAGGCAUCAAGCUCCCGGAGACCCUAGACCCCCUCCCCCCAAGCAAGGCACCGUGGGAUGUGAUUAGCGUCACGCAAGGUGCGAAACCCCUUCCAAGAAAUAUGGACCCGGAGCGACACAAAGCCCGCAGGAAAAGGUACGCCCAACAGCACAAGAAGGAGGUCAAGGAGCUGUUGGCAAGCCAGCACAACACAGUGGUGUACGUCGAUGGAGCAACAAAAGGGAAGGAGUAUGCCGCAGGAGCAGUCUUCUACAGAGGCGAGGGGGCAACUCCCUUUGAAAUUGCCACUAGCUGCGGACUGGGCACGGAGGUCACAUCAGACACAGUAGAAGAAGCGGCUCUUCUGUUCACGUUGGGAGUAUACGGGAACCUCCCCGGCAAGACGAGAAACCUCAUUAUCUAUACGGACUCCCAGGAGGCGGUACGAAACAUGUACAAGCUCAAAGCAACUGCAAGCCCGACGGUACACGCCUUCUUCGACACGGCGCUCAGCCUAUACCGGGAGCACGGCACAAGAAUCAGUGUACGAUGGGUCCCGGGACACCAGGAGAUCUCAGGAAACGACAUGGCUCACGCAGCGGCACAGUGCGGGAUGAGAAGAAUUCUUCAGUUGCCAUCCCAACAGGCGUCCAACUGCGAAGAGUCAGUCGAACAGCCAGAAAAUACGACAUGCUACGACCCCGUCGAAGAGCUGCGUAGAUGUCGCAAGAUGCGAAAGAUUCAGCUAGCGGAAAAGUGGCAACCCGAGGACUACCCGCUUCCGGCGAAAACCUUCAAGCGAAAGGAAACGGUUCAACUUCGGCGCAUCCGUACCGAAGGCGCGGUCACGCCAAGGCUCAAGUACCACAUCAACCUCUCGCAAUUGCGACGGACGCAGCCGUACGCGGUCCCUCCGGACCCGCGAUGUCAGAGAUGCAAGGAUCCAGAAGCCAUUCCCAGGCUCGACCAUCUCCUAUGGGAAUGCCAAGCUCUAGCCUUGUGCAGAGUGGAAGCCAUCGAGACGCUACCCGAGGAAGAAAGACCCAAGAGACUCGUGGAUUGGACGCACCCACAGGGCGAAGCCCAACGCCGGACGAGGAUCCUCCAGUCGCUUCUGGACUUCGUAGCCAAGUCAGAUCUUGGGGACUCCAUAUGA